UCCCACUUCGUGCUGGUUUUGGUCCAGCUGCCUUCACCCUUCCAUUCGAUCGCGACCACCUCAACUCCCAACCUCGCAGCCCUCCGACCAUCCUGCCCGCCGCCCCCGACUGCCUCGCGCCUCGCGCCCCUCCUCUUCCCCGUUGUCGACCGUGCUGCGUCCCGUGCGACGCGCACCGCUUCGUGCCAGCCCAGCAUGGCGCGCGUCUACGCAGACGUGAACCAGAACAUGCCCCGCAGCUACUGGGACUACGACUCUGUCAACAUCAGCUGGGGCGUCCUGGAGAACUAUGAGGUAGUCAGGAAGAUUGGCCGAGGGAAGUACUCGGAAGUUUUCGAGGGUAUCAACGUCGUCAACUAUCAGAAAUGCGUCGUCAAGGUCCUCAAGCCGGUCAAGAAGAAGAAGAUCAAGCGCGAGAUCAAGAUCCUUCAGAACCUGGCCGGCGGCCCCAACGUUGUGGCCCUGCUCGACGUCGUUAGAGACUCUCAGAGCAAGACGCCGUCGCUCAUUUUCGAAUAUGUCAACAACACCGAUUUCCGCAGCUUGUAUCCCAAGUUCAAUGACCUCGACGUGCGGUUCUACAUCCACGAGCUCCUGAAGGCCCUCGACUUCUGUCAUAGCAAGGGCAUCAUGCACCGCGACGUCAAGCCUCACAACGUUAUGAUCGACCAUGAGAAUAGAAAGUUGCGGCUCAUUGAUUGGGGUCUGGCCGAAUUUUACCACCCUCAGACCGAGUAUAAUGUCCGCGUUGCCUCUAGAUAUUUUAAAGGACCCGAGUUGCUGGUCGAUUUUCAAGAGUACGACUACAGCCUCGACAUGUGGAGUUUGGGCGCCAUGUUUGCCUCCAUGAUCUUCCGCAAGGAGCCUUUUUUCCAUGGCAACAGCAACUCGGACCAGCUCGUCAAGAUUGCCAAGGUACUCGGCACGGAUGAGUUGUUCGACUAUCUGGACAAGUACGAGAUUGAGCUCGAUGCUCAGUAUGAUGACAUUCUUGGUCGGUUCCAGAAGAAGCCGUGGCACAGCUUCGUUACAUCGGAGAACCAGCGUUUUGUCUCUAAUGAAGCCAUCGACUUCCUCGACAAGCUGUUGCGAUACGACCACCAGGAACGACUUACGGCAAAGGAGGCUCAAGCCCACCCAUACUUUGACCCUGUCCGUGAUCCGGAGGUCUUCAAGCAGAACCUUGCGAACCCCAACGGAUCUGCCUACAAGUCUUCAUGAAUUGCCUCGAUGCAAGUUACAGCAACCAUCUAGGCUUCGAUUCCCCUUUGCCCCCCCGACGAUACCCUCGGUCAUAAGCAUCUGCCACUAGUGUGCGCCCAUCGCCGCCCGCAUUCGCUCGAUACCCUAUCAGUAAUGUCUUGCCGGCGGGCUGAAAGUCUCUAGCCGCACGUUCUCCGUCAGCGAAUGAGUGAUCGACUCAGGAAACGUCGGAUGGGGAUCGUCCGACUACAUGUGCAACUGGGUUUUAAAUCUGAUGCCGGCCCCUGCAUGGGCGACGGCUGAAGGAUUGCGGUAUUGUGGGAAACUGAGACGGGAGACUACUAGCGGCCUACGGCGUUCACGGACGAGGGAAUGGUUUUCGAGCGGAAGUGGAGUGAUGCUGCCCAUGACAUUCCCCUUAUGCCUCUACUUGAGUCCGUUCUGCCUUUUUUUGCUGUUUUGUUUUUCCGAGUUCUCCCAUCGGGUUUUUCUGGGAGGGCCAGACCGGUGGGUAGGCUUUUUCUUGGGCGACAGCGCUGUUGAUACACCACAUACUAGUUACGUAGUAGGACAAGAACGAGACAUUAUAUGCGUUGUGGCAGCGGCAAGACAGAACAAGACAGAACUCGUCACGUUUUUUUUUUCCAAUCC